AAUUCCGCAGAACCACAGCAUUCGUAACGUCAUCAUGAAGUUUGUCGUGUGAAAUCUAAUGCCACGUAAUUUUACCUGCCGAUACUAUUGUUAAUAAGCAGUAUUUAUUGCGAUAACAUUUAUUUCGAUGCUUUCGCGUUUUUGGAGGAUAUAGUUUUACGGAAAAGAAAUUUAAAAAAAUGGGAUCUUCCCACAGCGUGGAAAUACCGGGUGGUGGUACCGAGGGUUAUCACGUACUUCGAGUUCAAGAAAACUCGCCUGGACAGAAAGCAGGACUUGAAGCCUUCUUCGACUUUAUUGUUUCCAUCAACAAUACUCGUUUGGAUCAAGACAAUGAUACGCUGAAGGAAAUUCUAAAAGCUGGCGUUGGUAAAGAACUCACUAUGACAGUUUACAACAGCAAGACUCAGUCUGUGAGACAAACAGUCAUUGAGCCUAGUAUGACUUGGGGCGGCCAUGGGUUGCUCGGGGUGAGCAUUCGUUUCUGUUCCUUCGAAGGAGCGAAUGAAAAUGUUUGGCAUGUUCUUGAAGUGCAUCCAUCCUCACCUGCAGAAUUAGCUGGUCUGAGACCAUUCACAGAUUACAUUAUAGGAUCAGAUUCAGCCCUCCACGAGAGCGAAGAUCUUUACUCUCUCAUAGAAGCCCACGAAUCACGUGCUCUUAAACUCUAUGUGUACAACACCGAGGAAGAUACGUGUCGCGAAGUUACCAUCACUCCCAACAGUACCUGGGGUGGUGAAGGAAGCUUAGGAUGUGGGAUCGGAUACGGAUAUCUCCACAGAAUACCGUUAAGAAGUAUAUCAGAAACGUCGACGAAAACUGCUUUUCCACAUUUAGUGAACCCUGUCGCUGCUCAGGUUUCGCCAAGCGCGUACACGAGUCCGAUUAUUGUGAACCCACCGACCAGCGUACCACCAGGUUUCACAAUACCUCAGAAUUACACUCCAACGACAGCACCGAGCGAUACCGAUAAGCCGAGAGAAGGCACUGGUAGUAGCACGAGUGUUGCUAUGACGCCUGUUAUUCCAACAGUGCCGACGAUACCGACCAGCAGUGUUUAUCCCGUUUUAGACCCGGCCGUGGCUGGAGCCUCGACUACGACCAAUCCUACCGGACAUUUGUUCUCGCAGCCUGCCAGUAAUUAUCCUCACGUUGGAGGAGUUACGAGCGGAUACCAGGACACACCAAGCAUUCCUGGAAUGCCAACUGUUCCUCCACUGCCACCAUUACCAGCGGAAAUGAGCGUGCCUAUGGGAUCUGUAGUAACUCAUAAUCCCCAGCAGAAUUACGAUCCUUCCAUACCGAGCGUAAUCCCCGGUAUGACGUCGUACAUGCCGUCGGAGCCUUCGAUCGUAACGACACCGAUAGAGCUACCGGGCAUGCCACCGAUAACCGUGAGUGCGAGCCUUCCACAAACCGCUGCCUUCUACUCUCCAAUGUUGCAGCAGCAGCAGCAGCAACAACAACAACAACAACAACAACAACAACAACAACAACAGCAGCAGCAGCAGCAGCAGCAUCAAUCGCCUCCGAGCACCGUAACGAAUCCCUUAUCGGCUCAAACUUCGGCUCAAUAACCGAACGGAUAUUAUCUUCCAAUGGCCGUCGAAAUGAACAAAAGUUUGUACCGCUUCAGCUCAUCGUAACAAUCGAUCCAUCGCGAUUAAUUAUUCUUAUAUAUUAUUAUACGGAGUUUUUUCACAGUCCAAUGUGAUCAAGAAGGCAAGCAAGUUCUCAGACUCGGAUGUUUCUUAUGUAAGUCAGAGAAUCGGAGUCUCGCUGUACUGUACAUAGAGUUUUUCCAACCAUGCGAGGAAAGAUCAGUUGUCGAAUAUCAAUCAAAAAAACAUUUUGAAUACAAUAAACGAAUGAAACAAGAACUUUUACAAUUAUUGUUAUGAAUCAAGUUUUCCUGAAGCUCGAGAGUUAACAACGAGAAAGCGUUUAUUCGCAUACCGAUUCUCUUUUUUACUCCGUCAAUGCAGAAAGAAAUGACUAGCCUUGUUAUGAUAAUUCAUUUUAUAAUAUUAAUUUUUUUUUCUCCGCAUGACAACACACACGGAAGUGGUAGUGCUGAAAUUACGUUACACUUUGGGAACUGAUGAUCGCAGAGGUAACUCUAAUCUGUUGCAUAAUAUGAAUAAAAUUAUAUUGAACCGAGCUUGAGCUUUGAGCUGUGUGCUAAAAAGGUAUCGAGUACACUCAGGAGACGAAUGAUUUAUCAAGAAAUUGAGUGGAAAGAGAGAUAGAAAAGUAUCUUGAUAAAAAUGGUAAAGAGUUUCGAAUGUACAUGGGUUAGAAAUAUAAGGACGAUGUAAGAUCUAUUGUUUCAGUACCCAAUUAUGUUAACUCUGUAAUCAAUAAAUCUGUACAGCGACAUUGAAAAAAA